AUGAGUGCCGUAAGAGCCUUAAAUAAUGCUAAUAUAAAUAGCACUAUGAUCAAUGCACUAGAAAGUAUCUUAUCAUCAGUGUUACCAGCUAGAGCUACUAGCGUCACUGUUAUUCUAAUGCACAAUGUUCACAUGGAUGAAGAUUGGUCUCUUGUCAGAGAAUAUUCUAUAGAUACUGAUACAACAACUAAUGCACUAAAUAGUGUUACAAAUAACAAUAAUCUUAUAGUUCUUUCUGAUAUUAAUAUAGCCAGGUUAUCUAUUAGUUUAAAAGAAAUUAUCCUACAGUUGUUUGAGAGUAACAGGAAUUGA